AUGUCUUCAACGGGAUAUGAAGCAACUCCUGCUGCAAAAUUGAAGUCAAGAAAAUCUGAGAAGAUCAAUGACACUUUGAAUUCCUCUGAUGAAAUUCCAGAGGAAGAAGAGGAAGAUUAUACCAAAUUAACUAAAAGCGAUAAAAAUGGCUUACUGAGAUUCGAAUCAAUUGUAAUGCCAAUCAUCUUUACAGCGUUAGCCUUGUUCGUUAGAAUGUAUAAAAUUGGUAUCAACGACCACGUUGUCUGGGAUGAAGCACAUUUCGGUAAAUUCGGUUCUUACUAUUUAAGACAUGAAUUUUAUCACGAUGUCCAUCCUCCUUUGGGUAAAAUGCUUGUGGGGCUCUCUGGUUACUUGGCAGGCUAUAACGGAUCUUGGGAUUUCCCAUCUGGAGAACCUUAUCCAGACUACAUUGAUUAUGUCAAGAUGAGAAUAUUUAAUGCUAGUUUCUCAGCCUUAUGUGUUCCUAUUGCCUACUUUACGGCAAAAGAAAUCGGCUUCAGUUUACCUGUUGUUUGGUUAUUCACCUCUUUAGUUCUUUUUGAAAAUUCAUUCACAACUUUAGGAAGAUUUAUCUUAUUGGAUUCUAUGCUACUAUUUUUCACUGUUUUAUCCUUUUUUGCAUUUGUCAAAUUCCAUAAUCAAAGGUCACAUCCAUUUUCUCUAAGAUGGUGGAAAUGGUUGGCCAUCACAGGUAUUAGUUUAGGCUGUGCAAUUUCUGUCAAGAUGGUUGGUCUUUUCGUUAUUACUCUUGUGGGAAUUUACACCGUCAUUGAUCUAUGGAGCUUUUUAGGAGACAAAAAAAUGUCCUGGAAGACUUAUAUCAACCAUUGGUUGGCAAGAAUUGUUUGCUUGAUAGUAUUCCCAUUCCUCGUCUUUCUUCUAUGUUUCAAAAUUCAUUUCAUCCUACUGUCACAUUCCGGUACUGGUGAUUCAAACAUGCCUUCAUUGUUCCAAGCUAGAUUAAUCGGCACUGAAGUUGGCCAGGGCCCAAGAGAUAUUGCUCUACGCUCUUCAAUACUCUCUAUAAAAAACCAAGCUCUUGGUGGCUCUCUUCUACAUUCACACGUCCAAACUUUCCCUGAAGGCUCCAAGCAACAACAAGUUACUUGUUACGGUUACAGCGACUCUAAUAAUGAUUGGUUCUUUGAUUUACCAAGAGCCUUGACUGAAAAGGGUUACAGAAAAGAGGAAAAUGAUACCAACAUAGAGUACAUUGAAGCUGAUGGUAUCUAUAGACUUGUCCAUAAAAACACGGGUAGAAAUCUACAUACCCAUCCAGUUCAAGCUCCUGUUACGAAAUCCGAAUGGGAAGUCUCUGCUUACGGUGAUGCAAAUAUUGGUGACGCCCACGACGAUUGGUUAAUCGAAAUUGUUGACCAAAGAGGUUCCGAAAAUAAGACCAGGCUUCAUCCAUUGACUUCCUCCUUCAGAAUCAAGAGUGUUCAAUUAGGUUGUUACCUUGCCCAAACCGGGAACCACUUACCUGAAUGGGGUUUCAGACAAUCUGAAGUUGCAUGCUUGAAAAACCCAUUCAAGAGAGACAAGAGAACAUGGUGGAAUAUUGAGACGCACGAAAAUUCCUUGUUACCACCAAGACCUGAUGAUUUCGAAUAUCCAAAAACAAAUUUUUUGAAGGAUUUCAUUCAUUUGAAUUUAGCGAUGAUGGCUACGAACAAUGCGUUGAUCCCAGAUUCCGAAAAGUUUGAUACUCUGGGCUCAUCUGCUUGGGAAUGGCCAUCCUUACAUGUUGGAUUAAGAAUGUGUGGAUGGGGUGAUGAAAAUAUCAAGUAUUAUUUAUUAGGUACCCCUGCCUCUACCUGGGCUUCAACUAUUGCUGUAUUAGGUUGUAUGGUGACCGUUGUUGUACUAUUUUUAAGAUGGAAUAGGCAGAUGAUUAACUUCAAGUCAAACAAAGAUUUGAAUACUUUCAUGAUGGGUGCAUUUUACCCAUUACUUUGCUGGGGUUUACAUUACAUGCCUUUCGUUAUCAUGUCAAGAGUCACAUACGUGCACCAUUAUUUACCGGCCUUAUACUUUGCUUUAAUCAUCUUAGCUUAUGCUUUUGAUGCAUUCUUGCAACUAUGCAACAUGAGGGCACCAAUUAAAUGGUUAAUCUUCAUUUCUUACUUCGCCGCUGUAGUCGCAUGUUUCUACUACUUUUCUCCAAUCUCUUUUGGUAUGGUAGGCCCAAUCUCUGACUACGAGUAUCUGAAUUGGUUAAGUUCCUGGACAAUUGUUCGCGAUGAUAGAAAAGGUUAA